GUAGAUUCUUAAUCGAGUUCAUAUCCGACGCACCACCUUUUGCCCAACCAGAAGCCGAAUCAAACUAACUAGAAACCGUAUCAAACGAUUACUGUGCCUCGAUAAACAAUAAUGCUACACGUACGAAGGAAUACGGGGUUUUACACAAAACAGCUGGAAACCCCGCCGGUAAUAGAUCAGGCACGCCGAACUGAAAAAGAGAAGCGGCGAUGGCCGCCGGCUGGUCCUCCCUCCCCGCCGAUAUUCUCAAUGAGAUCUCGGGUCGCCUGAACACCGACGCAGACCAGCUCCACGCCCACCAGGUAUGCGCCCACUGGCGAGCCUCAAUUUCUCCUCCGGCCGCCUACCGCCCGUGGGUCGUCGCCGCCCGACAGGCCCCCGACGGACUGAGCCCAGUCGGCGAGUACUCCCUCCAGCUCCCUCGCGGCGUCCCGGGCGUCGACUUCAAGGCGGCCCCACCCGGCCUCCCGUACUGCUGCGGCACGCCCCGCGGCUGGUUCGCCCUUGCGGACGACGUCCGGUCCCCCACGCGGCUCGUGAUGUGGGAGCCCCACUCCGGCACCGAGAUCCCGCUUCCAUGCCUGUCCCCGGUCGUCCAGGUCUUCCUCUCCAGCGACCCGCUCGAGUCGUCGCACUGGAUGGCCGUCGCGACCAAGCACAGAUGGCCCGAGGCGCACAUCCUCUUCUUCUGGCGGCCCGGGGACGCCGCCUGGAGCGGCCCGGCCAAGGUUCCUUGCGCGGAACUCCACAGCGUCGAGUUCCAUGCGGGGAACAUAUACUGCAUCGACGGCAUGUCUAACGUGUCCAUCUACGAUCUCAAGCUCGGCACGGCGUCCCCUCCCGUGCUCCUCCGGUGCUUCGGCAUGAGCCCUAAUCAGGCGUCGGAGUCGUGGGAGACCCGCAAGUACUGGAAGGACAGCGUGCGUGCGGUGCACGUCGUGGCCUGCCGAGGCGAGCUCCUGCUCGUGCUGCUGUUCCACGGCCGCCGCCCGUCGCUCAUGGAAGUCUACAGGCCGGCGUGGACGCCCGCUGAAUGGCCCUUCCGGGUCGGUGAGAGGGUGACUGACCUCGGGGACUACGCGCUCUUCCUCGGCUGUGGCGACGCCGUUGCGCUGUCUGCCAAGGAGUACCCUGCGAUCAGGGGGAACUGCGUUUACUACCUGGUGCACAACCUCCCCAAGUACAGGAAGCAUUGGAUCAUCUUGUCUCAGAAAGGAAAUGUGAACAAUGCUGAUGUGAUUAAUGAUGAAUGA